CACUAAUAUGCGAAACUGAAAUGGGCAAAGUACGGUGAUGUUGCGCCGCGGCUGUGAAAUAGCGGUGGCGUUUUCGACCGCCGCGCCGCCGCUACGGCGGCGGACGCUGUAUUGGCGGCGUUGUGCCAUCACUUUCUUUCCUCAAUCAUUUACUUUCUCGGCACGUCCCCACGUAAUAGUUCCAGUGCUUUCUUACUCGUCGGGUAAUUCGGGAGAUUCCUCUGACGGCGAGCGAAUGGAAGAAUUCACCUCCAAACAAGGUCCUUUAAAACCAGGCUUGUAUCUGGUGGGUACACCAAUUGGAAAUCUUGAAGAUAUAACGUUAAGAGCUUUAAGAGUGUUGAAAUCUGCUGAUGUAAUUCUCUCUGAAGACACUAGGCAUUCGGGAAAGUUGCUUCAUUACUAUAAGAUCAAAACUCCACUUAUUUUCAGUUAAGCUAUCAUAAAUUCAAUGAAUGUCAAAGAGAGCAAGGCGUUCUCAGAAGAUUGCAAGGAGGAGAAAUUGUAGCGCUGAUAAGUGAUGCCGGGAUGCCAGGCAUCAGCG